AUGGUAAGAAAACACGAUUGCUUGUUUCAGUAUUCCACUUGCUUCAUAAGCUUCCGACGGUGUUUAGUUGGAUCAGCCUUCGUGAGUGCAUGGGAUUCCUGUGUAUCAUUAUAGUUGGGUUGAAUUGGUUACCUUUUGGUGGAGCUAACGGCUUGUUUUGUGCAACUUCUGGAUUAGUUUUUGCCUUUUCAUAAUCAGCUUUCUUUUCCUAUUUAUUGACAGGAAGGGAUAGUAUACCUGACAUCAGACUGGGCCAGUGUAUUCUUUAUGUUAUUUUACAUUGUCACAAUGGUAAGUCAUAGAAUCACCGACUAUCAUAGUUACACAAGUUUUUAGACAAAGAUCUGCAUACUUGGGCUUUUGAAAUAGCUUCGGGGGAAGGGGUACGAAAGUCAAUGUUUGCUGGGUGUGUGUCGCUGUCCUGUCAUAACCACUAACCCAUUAUGGACUGUUUUGUGGCCAAUUAAAGAUCCCAUCCUAAUCACAUUUGGGCCUACACGGUAAGUUUAGGAGAGCUACUCUUCAGCGAGUUACUUAGGCUACCUAUUAGGUCCAUAUGCGACACGCGGAGAUAGAAAAAUUAUUAUAGAAUGAAAUGAAUGGUAAAUUUUGACCCUAGUAGAUGAGUAACCAAAACGUUUCUGAAACAUUUCAGGCUUUUUUAGCUUCUUUUAUCUUCCUCUAUGUGCUUUUAGAAAAUAACUAUUUUACCAUAGUUUUACCAGUUCUCGGUAGUCAGGUAAUCAAGUAUCCUCUUUUUCCAUCUUAUUUUGACCAGGUUGUUAUGACAAUAGUUGUGGCGUUUAUCCUGGAAGCCUUUCGCUUCCGGAUUAAAUAUAGACAAGAACAUCCUGCAGACGAAGAAGGUGAAGAGCUUCAGAUAUUACUGUAAUCGAGACUGUUCUGGACCACUCCGCCGUAAAUAACAACAUUGAAAUGAUGAAAACGUUCUCCGUUGUCUCUUUUGUCAAUGAAUUUCGUAUUUCAAAGAUCACGUAUCUUCGAUCGUGAGUGGCGUCACAGACGUUGUACAGCAAAAUAAACCUAAGUCGUGUGUGUUACCUUUCAACCUUCCAUAAAAAAAAGGAAAAGGUUCGCAAAGCGUACACAUUAUACGAAGUGGCGUUAAUUUUUUUGCUUGUCAAGAUGGAGAAUAGCUGCACUUAGAGGAAAGUGUAUUCAAUAUUGACAAAAUGGUUUACCUCUCCACAGAGGAUAAGAAAAUCAGGAUGGAAAUCAUUGUGACCUACGAAGAACUCCUGGCCUUGGGCGAAAGCUAUGUGGAAGAUCUGCAGCCCCAUCAGCCCGUAAGAAUAUCAUUAUUUCGUUGUCUGUCAGACAUUUUCAGUCAACUCCCAAGUUUUCUGUUUUUAAAGGAAUGUUCCUUGAGUCAUGAAACACCAACUUCGUGACUUCAACUCAAAUUCCUGGUCCAUCAAGGUACCAAUCAGAGAUCUGUUGCUAACCCACGCAGCAAGCAUAGGACAUGAUUUCCCACUACGGUAGUAUCAAAAUGACCGUAUAUUUAUGGUUUCCAUUUGCGCUAUAUUCCGUUCAACAACUUAACAAUAAGUUCAAAACUUUCAAUCUACUAUCACUGGUUAUCAAAAUGAAUUACGAGAUACCAUCCAAGGGUCCCGCAAGACAGCUUGCUAUGCUCAUCAGAUACAUUCAACCGUUGAGAGACCCAUAAGUUACAUUGAACGUAUAAACAGGUAUCGUUAUUUAAGGGUUCUUGUUCAUCAAUUUUACACUUGUUGGGCUGUAGUAUUUUGGUCGAUAUACUAAGGUCUCAAAUGCGUAGCGGCCUGUUGUAUCGAGGUUUAACUGUUUUAAUACAGUUUGAGACUGUUAUGUGACUCGCGUACACUCAUUUCAUUGCAGGUUCAUUACGAAGGAAAACGCCCCAAGACGAAAAUGGAUUUGAGAGUAAUAAUGUACGACGAUGAAGUCAAGGUAUAAACUUUUCAUUUAUCAUUAAUUGAUGAAUUAUUCGGUAGUAAAUUGGUCAGUUGUUAACUGAUGAAUUAUUCUGUAGUAAAUCGGUCAGUUUUUAAUUGUUAAAUUACACUGUAGUAAAGUAAAUUAGUCAGUUAGACAAGUAAUGUAAAAGCGACGAGGUCACACCAUUUUGUCAUUGCGCCCCUUUUUCUUCGUUCUUUGAAUAUUAUCUCGUUUGUAAUAAACCUGUUUCGCUUUUCCUUGUAGCAAUGGAUACAAAAUGAAGAGCCCCUCGAAAUGGGAGAACCUUCAGCGCACGCUCACAUAACAGAAGACACAAUGGCCAUGUCUCCUACCAACUCACCUUCAUCACCAGUCCCCGCGAACACGUUAUCCAAUGGUCUUGUGACUGAUGAGGUAACAAUGGGAGAAGUAAACACAGAGUCAGACGAGUAAGAAGCCAUCUUUUGAAAAUGUUUUGCUUUUCCUUGUAGCAAUGGAUACAAAAUGAAGAGCCCCUCGAAAUAGGAGAACCUUCAGCGCACGCUAAUAUAACAGAAGACACAAUGGCCAUGUCUCUUACCAACUCACCUUCAUCACCAGUCCCCGCGAACACGUCAUCUAAUGGUCUUGUGACUGAUGAAGUAACAAUGGGAGAAGUAAACAUAGCUUUAGACGAGUAAGACGCCACCUUUUGAAAAUGGGAGCGGGAAAAACAGAUACCCUCCAACAAGGUUCAACAGAUUACUCUAUUAUGGAUAUAUACUCAGUAAACUCUUACCUUAAAUGAGGCGG